AUGGCUGGGGGCCGUGUUCAUGUCACCACGCCAACACGCCGUGGUGCACGGCAUGUUUUGAAGCACUGCUGUGAUUUGCAGACAACCUCAAAGCACUACACGGGCAUCUACCACGCGCUUUCCACAGGAGAGCUUUCUUGGCCUUUACAAGGGGCUCUGGCCGACGCUUUUAGUACGUUCUACGAGAGCUUAUUGGUUUUUCUCCCUGCAAAACGCCAUAGACUGUACUCCUGCCAGUCCGUAGGCCCAACAAUUGCGAUAAACUUCUGCGUGUACGAGACUCUCUACAACUACUGGAACGCUCAAAGACCCGACUCGUCCAGGAUGGUGACGAGCUUGAUCUCCGGUGGAGUAGCCCUCAACAGUGGUGUUUCCGAUCGAUUUGGGAAAGAGAAGGAUGCAACUCGAGGGCGAUCGGAGAUGGGGAUUGCGAGCUCGCUGAGGCACAUUGCUGGCGAUGGAUGGGAAGAGUUCGCUUGUUCCGUGGCUUGGCGACGGCAGCGAUUCGAUGCGCCGCACCAGCAUUCGCUCCUUCGGCAGCGCAGCCCGAUCAGCAGGCGGUCGCGCUGGUGUCGGCGCUGAAGGUAUGUGGGAGCACAAGGGAUUUGCGCAAGGGCAAGGCGAUCCACGCCCAGGCGGCGGAGAGCAAGCAGCUGGGGAUCCACGUCGUCAUGGACAUGUACGCAAAAUGAAGCAGCAUGGAGGAUUCUCGCCGCGUGUUCGACAGCAUUCUUCACCCAAACGUGAUGUCCUGGAACGUUUUGAUGCUGGGCUCCCGGCUACUAUGGCGAGAGCGAUGUGGCUCUGGAUCUCUUCGAGAGGAUGCAAGCCAGGCGGUCGGGCUGCAAGCCAAACUCCGGGAGCUUCAUGGCCGCGUCGAAGGCUUGUAGCAGCCUCCCGGCGAAGGAAGCCGCUGUUUUGGUCAAUGGGAAGCUCGUCAAGGAGGCUAGUCUUGAGACCGGCAGAGGCAUCCAUUCUCAAGCCAAGCAGAUAGGACCAUCUUGCCCGAGGAAUCCAUCCGGGAUCGUCAACGACACACAGGUUCUCUCUCUCUCGGAGUGGCAUCAACGUGUGGAACGAGACUGUCAAUCCAAACGCAUGGUCGGGGCUGUCUCGCCUGGACCUCUCUCAUAACAGCAUCUCCUCGCUGAAGGUGGUUGGCUGCAAGAACAUGCAGCUCAAGCUUCUCAACUUCUUUGCAAGAGUUCCUGGAAAAUCUCUCUAGCCUUGAGAGUUUAGAAAUCUUGGAUCUCAGUUAGAACAUCUUACAGUCCCAUAACGACCUUGUCUCCAUCAGGUGGAGCUCUCGCACAACGAAUUCAGUGGCUCUGUUCCAGAGACUCACGAACUUGAUGUGCCUGGACAUCUUGUAUAACAAGUGGAGAUCUACCUGAUAUUUGAAGCAAGAACGUCUGUGGAACGUCUCGAACAAUUCCAGACCAGGCUUGUG